CUCCAGGAUGUGAUACGGUCACUCUGGACGCCGAGAAUCGAUCCAGCACUAUGCGCCCAGACGAUCAUAUCCUCUCUCCAUCGCGUAACAGAGCAACGACAUGACCAGUGCAGGGGCGCUCCUUUCGGCGAUUUGCGGUCGCACGACAGAUGGGCCUCGCGAGAGCCUCGAGUCUACCAACCCGCGUGCAGCCAGCAGCAAAGAAUGAAUUCGAUUGCACACGACAUGUCCCAAUGAAUUCCGCCGCCAUCCGUAUCUCUCGAGAGUCUCGGGCGGCCGCGGAGUUUUCCUGUGCGUCUACUUCGAGCGGCAGCCCAAAUUAGUAUGAUGUUUCCCACGAGGCUGCACCUGUGGCCGAUCAACGUUACGGUAGUUACUGUGUGCUCUCCGCGUCCCAACAGCCAGCGGCCAGACGAUGCAUCCACUCCAAGCCGUCGUCUUCCUUCUUUCCUCAGGGUGCUUUUCUCGAGCAAGGUUACUUUAUUCGGGCCCCGAAGACCUCUACGCAUUCCCUAAAAGUCGUGUUACGUUCCUUAACAACUUUCCUGUCUCCAACGAGACAGCCCGUCGCUGGCUAAGGGAGGGCUUGAAGGGGGGAGAACGUGAAUUCAUGGGUGAUUUUCUGGAGACGGAUGCCUUGCAUCCACCAGCGUUGGUCAGGGAAAUUGGCGGUUCUGAGCUUGAGAGCUUCCAACCAUUACCGCAAGAUUCACAGCUGGGCACCAGCAACUACACCCUUGAACGCAUGAAGAUGGGGCCCGACAGUGAUUUCCUUUGUCUCAUUCCGCCCCCACGUGACAGUUCCCCUGCACCAGAAGAACUCGAUAGAAAUGAAGCAAUUCGAAAUGGUUGGUCGCUAUUGCAGCCCUUAACUGGAAAGUGCUUAUAUCACAGACAAACGUGGUUUACAUAUUCCUAUUGUCAUAACCGCGAAAUCAGACAAUUCAAGGAACUUCCUCCCAAUCAUCCACAUGCUCAGGGUUCUUACGAGCCUGCCGAGGAUCCCGAGUGGGAGGCUUUUACCUUGGGCCGUGCCCCUACUACAACAGAAGCUGGUGCGGAUAUCGUCGUAGCGGACCAAUUCCCACGCACUGCCAAUUUAGAAGUUGGACACGGUCCUGGCACACGUUAUCUUGUCCAGCGAUGGGGUGACGGCACCUUUUGUGACAAAACUGGUAAACCUCGCGAAGUGGAAGUGCAGUUUCAUUGUUCCAUGACGAUGACCGACUCCAUCCUUUUUGUGCGGGAGGCCAAGACCUGCUCCUACGUGUUGGUGGUGCAAACGCCUCGCCUAUGCGGUGAACCGGGCUUCAAAUCUCGCCUGCAAAAUCAUGACGAGUUGCUCAUUCGAUGUCGUCAGAUAAUUGAUUUAUCAACUGCCCCCGCAGCUCCUGCAGAGCAGUUGACACAGCUUGAGGAAAGGCAAGGCGACAAUGUGGGCGAGUCCGAUUUCCCCCAUAGUCUUCCCAAUAGGCAGUCCCUCUUUCCCAUACCAUCUCCGUCAUCGACACAGGGUUCUAUUGGGCUUGAUCCAAACGCAAAAGAUGACCCUUUCGACGGCAUUCUCAGACGAACAAUGGAAGCCCUGAUGAAGAAUCCCGAAAUCCAGGCUCUCACAGGUAGUAAUCAACAAGUGUACCUAAAUCGCGGAGAAGACGGUGAAAUUAUCAUCGAGAUCCUGGAGGAAAUACCUAUGGAUGGUUCAGGCGCUGGAGCUACCCGAAACGAAAUGUCCCCCGAAGCGUAUUCGCAGUUGACGGAUGCUCUGCGGAAGGCGGGCUUUGAUGUGAGGGACGAUAUGGAGGUAAACAGUGAGAGAGGUGAGAUGCAUGAUGAGGAAGAUGAUGAACAAUCUCAUAACCUGAGAGAUGAGUUGUGAUAUGGGUCUUCACUGCUUGCAUAGUGGCUACUUCAUGUGUUCACACUGGAAGUUACAUGUGGAUCAUCUUAAACAGGAUAGUGGAAUCUGUGUGAUUUGUGUCAUGAAGGUUUGCAGUUGCCUGUAUUAUAUUGUGCUGAAACUGUUUCCUGUCACUUUUGAUUACUUCUAAUUUCUACUGGGAGUACUGUUGCUUUCCACAUAGUUGCCUACCUGUUGACUCCAGUUCUUGGUGCUGAGGCCAGUCAGAGUGUGGUUGG